CCUCCACCAGCAUUCUGAGAGCGAUGACAGCUCGAGAUGACGAUUGUGCGCGAAGCUCUCACGAACAGCACACCAGAUGGAACCGCGCUAGCCAUCGUUAGCUCAUCGCUUACUGCCGCGAGCUGAUCCCAGACAACCGGAGCGCAGCCUCAUCAACCUCUGAGACUCUCCGCGUCCGUCACGGUCUUGAAUUUUUGUUUUCCGUUUCCUUGUAGUCUCUGUGAUACCCGACGACUUGCUCGUCACCACCUUCGUGUUGCGUCUAGUACGGCCUUGUUUGCCAAGCUCAUUCCCAUCUCUUAUUCUCGCGACUGCUCUCAUCUCUCAAUCAACCAGUCGCCUGGCAUAGCCAUCCCACCAACAUGGACGGUGCAAGCUACAACAUGGACGUGGAUGAUCUGUUCGGAGACUCAGAACAUGUCAACAUACAGACGAUCAACACAACGCCGCCUGUCAAAGGGCUCGACGGCCGACUCGACGAGCUUGCGUCUAUUGGCUGUUGCCAGAAGAUAGCCUGGUCCAAGAAUGGCUGCGUUGCGUACAUAAAUCCAGAUGGCUACUCUGUCAACCUAAAGAUCUUCUCACGCGACCCUGAAUCAGGCAAAUGGGAUCUCGGAAGAAGCGUCCCUCUCGAGCUACCGCAAGGCCGCGAAGUCUUCCCUUUGACCCAUUUGUCAUGGAGCCACCUAGGCAAUGAUCUUGCUGUCACGGAUGAUGCAGGUCGAGUCAUGGUCUUCUCGUGCGCCAUGGCCUUGGACCGCAUGCAUUUCACUAGAGCCGAAGUAGCUCAGCCAGAGUCUGAAAUAGAUGCUGUCGUUGGGAUGCAUUGGCUAGCCAUCCUGCCCUACGCACAGAAGAAUCUCAUCGCUUGGUCAGCUGCGCGAGAAGGAGGCAAAUGGAAAUGGAACAUCAAACAACACAUGUUCAACAACGCUCAUCAUCCUAUAGACGGCAAAGCGUCUUUUGUGUAUCUGAAGAGACAUGGCGAACUUAGGCUUCGUUUCCAGCAGAUUGAUAACCACUGGCAAGAGGUUUCUGCCCAGCUUGGGCCUAUGAUCUCAACCAAGGAGUCAUUCACCCAUGCAGCAUUUGCGUCCAACAAUGACAACACUCUCCUGUUGGCAGCUUAUGAUGUCAAAAGGCGGUUACACUUGUACCGAGUCGAGACAGUCUGGAAUGUGCCGACAGACAAGCGGAGCCAGAAUGCAGGCCCCUUCGAAAAGCCAUCAAUCCAGGUCUCACUAAUUGCUUUGGAAGACGACUGCAAUCCUGUCGACCUUGCGAACGACGACUUGAGUAACGGGACAGCAUCAAGGGGCGCUGCUGCUGCCCAACUUACACAUCUCAACUUUCUUCCAAUUACGCCCGAACAGGACGACGGCUCAAUACCUACCAUUCAAGCGAUAUAUUGCAAGCCACCAAAUCCUCUAUCAUACGAUCUCAACGCCCACGAGACCCGCUACAGUAUCAUCGUUAAAUGGGAAGUGCAUCAAGAGCAGCACAGUCAACUCCAUUCUAGCCUUGAUCAAGUAACAUCAAAGAAGAAGAGCGUAAGCUCAAUACCUGCGCAGAACACUUUUCUUCUGAAAAGGCAGCCUGACUUCUCCCUGCAUGGCGUCGUCUUGGACUUUUGUCCGGUAUGGUAUAACAUGCUCCUGGCGUUCGCCUACAGCGAUGGGGCUAUCGAGUUCAGGAAGCGAUCCACCAUGGAAGUAGUCAUGCCAGAUGACAAUACCGAUACUGUAACAUCGCUAUUACAAGCUGGUUUUAUCUUCCAACAUGCAGAACCUUCGUUACACGUUGCGUUGUCGCCUAAUCACUGCAUGGCGGUAUGCAUGCAGUUGGACGGCAACCCAAAGCUACGCUCCAUGGAAUACUCUCACGGUACCCUCUCGUCAGACGACGAUGACCCACGGCAUUCCGCCGCACUCGCAGCACUCAUCCUACAGUCCUCCUCGGCAGCAAACCAAUACUACUCUAGCGACGACAUCUUCGCUAUCAUCAGCUCCCUUAGCGAGAAACGCAAGCAUGACUUCAUCAACCUCCUCUUUGAAGGACUUCAAGUUAACAUUGAUUGUGGUGUGGACGACACUUCUAGCAACCACUUUCUCCUCCUUGGUCGCGGUCCCUUCUUCGUAAAGACGCUUUCGGCCAUGAACCUUCUCGGCCUUCAAGGCACCGUCGAACGAUCCCUGAGCAGCAAGAUGGCCUGGCAGAUUAUCAAUAUACGAUUCGUCACGCAAACCCUGACCACCAUCUUCCGCCUGCAUGGCGAUACAUCAAAGAACAACCUCAAGCCCGAAGGUGUACCACAAAUGAUCGGAACAAGCAGAUGGACCAUGCACUUCAUGGCAUACAUCUUCGACGAGCUCUUCACCAUCGGCCGCGCGAUAUCCGACCUCCCCGCCGGCACCGAGCUCACACGCUCUGUGCUCGAAGACAAGAUUCACGAGCUCAACAAACCCGCCCUCCUGCUCCUCCUCUCUGCCUUCCCCCGCGCCAUGAUGAAACUCUGGGCUCAACCAACCCAAUGGGUAAAGCGCAGCGCAGCAGCCUACGUUCGACCCCCUCAAGAAGGCAGCCCUCCCGGGCCGCCCCAGACCCCAGAAGCCAAAAAGCUAUACUCCCCCCUCGACCAAGCCGUAACCGAAGUCCCUUUCGAAUACCGCUGGUUUGAAGUGCUCAUCAGCGAAACGCAAAAUCAUGUCCGCGGCAUCUACAAACAGCGUAACCUAACGGACAUGCAACGCAACAGCAUCGAGCGGGAACUCCUCUUAGGAAAAAUCCCCGACAUCCUCUUCCCCGCAGCAAAACGCCUCGUCACAGAUACCCUUUGGAACAGCAACCAGCAAAACGGCUGUCUGGCUGAUAAACUCGACAUGGGGAAACUCAUGUUCUUCGAUACCACGUGGCUUGGUUUCCAGGAUAGCAAGCGUGCGAGGAUAUGGCACGAGCAGCACGUUGUGGAUGUGUGUCAGAAGAUGAUUAUUAGGGGCACGGGGACCUGGGUUCAUCCUGUGGGGAGUGCGACGGGUGGGGGGAAUCGUGGGAGGAGCGAUAGUACCAAUAGUGCUGCUGGAGCGAACGGGGAUGCGGCGGGUGGGGAGAGGAAGAGAAGGAAUUUGCUCAAGCAGUGUACGAGAUGUGGUGCGUGUAUGGAGGAUGUUGUGCCUGGGUUGCCAGGGUAUACUGCGGCACACUAUCAGUACUUGCUGGGUGUGAGCAAGCAUUGUAUAUGUGGAAAUAGUUGGAUGCUUGUUGAGACUAAAGGCAAGGCGAAGUAGUUGGGCUUGCGAAGAGGUAUGUAAUCUGGAUAGAGAUAUCUGCUAGGAAGAUUUUCUAGCUCUUCAUAAUGAAACGUCAGUAUUCAAGCAUCAC